AAUAAAAAUGGCAAAUAAAGUUAAAGAUACAGGUAUUUUAAGAUUUGAUGAUACCCCAGCAACUCCAAAUUUCCCAUUAGUUGCAGUUAUCACUUCAAAACUUGUUGGUGGUAUUAAAAUCGUCCCAAGAAAAGGUCUCGAUUCAACCGAAUUUUCAAUUGUCGGUACCCAACAUUCACUCAAAGGUUCAUACGUCACUGCCAAAUAUUUAGCAAGAAGUAAUCCAAACCUUUCAUUAUAUGGAGAUGAUGCUUUGUCUUCAUCAAAGAUCGAUGAAUUCAUUGACAAAUUUGUCCAUUUAAAAAGUGAAAAGAUCACAGAAUUUUUAAAGGAAAUGAACGAAUUUUUAACUUUAAGAUCAUUUUUAAUUGGAUAUAAUGUCACCUUAGCAGAUAUCGUUUUAUAUAGUCGUAUCAAAAUGGUUAAAGAAAUUCAAGAUGAAAUUACAGCCAAAGGUAAAACUUUACCACAUUUAAAUAGAUGGUUAUCACACUUAAACAGUUUACAAGCUUUUGUCGAAGCUGAACAAUUAUACAGCGGUAAGAAGCCAACAGCUGCUGCAGGUGGUGAUAAGAAAGAAAAAGCAGCUCCACAAAAAGGUGCUAUGGGUUGGGUUGGUAAUUUUGAAGCAUUAAAUUUACCAGGUUUAGUUGAUGGUAAGGUUGUUACCCGUUUCCCACCAGAACCAUCAGGUUAUAUGCAUAUUGGUCAUUGCAAAGCUGCUAUUAUCAACAAUUACUAUGCCGAAAAAUACAAUGGUAAAAUUAUUAUUAGAUUCGAUGAUACCAAUCCAGCUAAAGAAAAGGAAGAAUACGUCGAAAACAUCAUCAAGGAUAUCAAUAGCUUAGGUAUUAAAUACGAAAAAAUCACUCACACCUCUGACUAUUUCGAUAUCAUUUUGGACUAUGCCGUUCAAAUGCUCAAGGAAGGUCUCGCUUACGUUGAUGAUACUCCAAUGGAAAAGAUGAGAGAAGAACGUGAACAAGGUAUCGAUAGUGUCCACCGUUCAAACUCUGUAGAAAAGAAUUUAGAACUCUUUGAAGAAAUGAAAAAGGGUUCAGCAAUUGGUGUCAAAUGUGUUAUGCGUGCUAAAUUCGAUAUGAACCAUGUUGAUAGAGCUUUCAGAGAUCCAGCAUUCUACAGAUGUAACCUCUUACCACAUCAUCGUACUGGUGACAAAUAUAAAGUUUAUCCAUUAUAUGAUUUCGCUUGUCCAAUCGUCGAUUCUAUUGAAGGUGUUACUCAUGCUCUUAGAUCAAACGAAUACAACAACAAGAGAAAUCUUUACAACCAUGUCAUCGAAAUCCUUCGUUUACAAAACAAACCAUACGUCUCUGAUUACAGUCGUUUAAGCUUUUUCAACGUUUUACUUUCAAAGAGAAAACUCCAACAUUUUGUUGACACUGGUGUCGUCACUGGUUGGAAUGAUCCACGUUUACCAACUUUCCAAGGUAUCUUCCGUCGUGGUUUAACUGUUCCAGCCCUUAAAGAAUUCAUUCUUUCACAAGGUGCUUCAGCUUCAAACACUACUUUAGAUUUAGGUAAAUUAUUUGUUGGUAACAAGAAUUUCCUCGAAUCCACCUGCCCACGUUAUACCGCUGUUGCCAAAGAAGGUGCUGUUAAAUUCACCCUUUCAAAUGGUCCAGCUCACCCAGAAGUUAAAGAUAUUCUUAAAUAUGCCAAAGAUCCAAACAUGGGUACCAAAAAAGUUACUUUCUCAAAUACUCUUCUUUUAGAACAAGACGAUUGUGUCAAUAUUAAAGAUGGUGAAGAAGUUACUCUUAUGAAUUGGGGUAAUGCUAUUGUUCGUACCGUCGAACGUAACGAUAAGGGUCAAGUUGUUUCAAUGCAAGGUGAACUUCAUUUAGAAGGUGAUUUCAAAAAAACAGAAAAGAAACUCUCUUGGUUAUCAAAUGAUACUGCUGAUAAAGUUACUGUUGUUCUUCAAGAUUACGAUUAUCUCAUCACUAAGCCAAAACUUGAAGAUGAUGAUAACUUAGACGAUUUCACCAACAAAAACACUAAAUUCGAAUUAGAAGUCAUUGCUGAUGAAAAUGUUCUCUCACUUAAACAAAAUGAUAAAAUUCAAUUUGAAAGAAGAGGUUUCUUCAAUGUCGAUCAAGUUGGUGAUGGUGUUAAACCAUACGUUUUAAUUUUCAUUCCAUCUGGUCCAAUCAAACCAAAUGGUGAAGCUCUUUAUCCAUUCAGAAAAUCAGCUGCUCCAGUUGCCACUAAACCAGCUGCUGCCAAAAAAGAAAAAAAAUAAAUAAAUAUAAUUAAAAAAAACCAAUAAAUAAAUUUAAAAUUUAAAUUAAACAAAUAUAGUAGUGAUAAU